AUGUUCAAUCACCCAUUGCAACCAGGUGUCAUCCCUCCCAAGAUGAAGACACUUAAUUUGAGCAACAAGUUCAAUCAUGAGUUUGUAGUUGGCGCACUACCAGACUCAAUCACAACACUGUACUCUAAUGGCUAUAAUCAAAGAUUUAGGGCCGAUUCACUACCUUCAUCACUGACGUACUUGAACUGUGAAUCUUAUGAUCGACCUAUAGAUGCUCCAAACACAUUCCCCGAGUCACUCACCACUCUGGAGCUUGUGACCUUUGACUCAGACAUUGAGCCAGGCGCACUACCAUCACGGCUGUCCACUUUAUACCUUGGAAAUCUAUUCAACAGACCAUUAAGACCACAUGCACUUCCCGACUCUUUGACCAGUCUUGUAUUGAGCCACAAGUUCAAUCAGCCACUGAUGCCAGGCGCACUCCCAAGGAACCUCCUGUCAUUCGAUAUGGGCAGUGAAUACAACCAUCCCCUGGACACACAGUUGCUGCCUCAAUCCCUCACUCACCUAUUCUUUGGCCGCAAGUUCAAUCAGGUGCUGACCAGCGACAUGAUGCCCUCAUCCCUGACAUCACUCGGAUUGUUUGUCAGAGCUCAGAACACUCUGAAACUAUCAUAUGACACAUUCAAACAUUAUGGACAUAAUGUCAAGAUAUUGAGGAUGUCAGGCCAGAUCAAUUCGACAUAG